UUUCUCGGCACAAACGAAAAAGAGACCGAAUUACGGACAGAAUUCAAAAAAGAUGUCUGACAGGGGAAGACACCACCAGAGGAGUGAUGUGUAUACAGACUACAAGAGCAGGGACGGUUCACACGAGGGAGACCACUCUUCAUAUGAUAGCAGAGGCCGCAACCAAAAGCCAAGAGACUUGGAUGAGAGAGGCUCUGCUGGUGACAGGCGAGCCAAACAAUACAGACAGAGGGACAUGACAACUGCCUCUUCCAGGGAGACACCUGCUUACAAAGAUCACAACCAUGACCAUGAAGGACCCUCAAGACUGUCUGUGCCAGCUUAUGGAGCUGUUUGUGAAUCUGCUUAUCAUCAUCUGCGCUGGAGUGCCAUACAGCAACAAUGGGGGUUACCGUGAUCUGGCCAGCCUCGGCGGACUCUACUAUUAUCACUUUGGUGGAGCUAAUGCUUUCACUGGAGCUGAUGUAGACAGGGUGAAGGAGCUGGACCAGCUGUUCCAUCAGCUCAAGCGACCUCCGUACAUCUUCACCAUGGCCUGCGGUGGGGUUUUAAUGAUAUACGCCUGUGCCAUGCUUACUCUGGGGAUUUUCAGAGUCCCUUACCGCUGGCCCCCUGUGCUGCUGGGGGAGGCUCUGCUGAAUUUCCUGAUCGGCCUGGGCUACAUCCCUGCACUUGCCUUCUACUUCAUUAAGGUGCAAGAAACCUACAAUAAUCCAAUCUGUGAAGAGAGAGAACAAAUGUACAAGAGCAAAGGGCACAAGGGUUUUGACUGCCAGUUCCACGGUGCAGAUAUCGCAGGAGGUCUCUUUGGGGUGCUGGGGGUGUUUGUUUUCAUCUUUGGUGCAGUGUUAGCUGUCAGAGCUUUCAGGUCAGUGCAGGAGCUAAAGAAGCAAAGAACAAACGAGGACAGUCAUUUUUAAGAUGCCUUUUCUCUUCAACAUAUGGCAAAAGUGAGAUUUAGGAGAAGUCUCUGCCACCAGAAAACAUGGAUAGUUUUUUAUAAUUUUUUAUUAGGUGUAACUGUUUAUUAACUUUUGUUGAAUGUGAUUGGUGAAUCAGCUUUUUUAUACACUUUUUAUGAUUACACUUAUGAUUGUUUACAUUUGA